AGAAAUAAAAGAAAAUACAUAGAGGCGGAGAACUGAGAUAGAAAAAAGGAUAGAAUUAAAGAAGGACAGAACUUGAAACAGACGGACAGGAAAAAUUUGGAGGUAAAGAGACAUAACAGCAAAGCCACAGAAGAAGGAAGACAAACAAAGGUAUCUUGUUUUAUAAUUUAGACGACGGACAAUUUAACAUAUUAUAAAGCACCGUCGUCAGAAACCUUCAGACUUUGAUUGAAGUGGCUUAGAACAGAGCCCAGCAGCGGGAUAUUAUGAACACAGUGAUGGACAUUGAGGUUCUGUAAAACGAGAUUAUAUCUGAGAACAGCUGAGAUCAAGUUUUUAAGUUCAGAGAUUGUACCGUGGCCCCCUAUGUCGUGUUGAACUCGUGGACACCAGUCCUCCCGGAUGUGCAUCUGUCUCUCUGCCCUCAUGUUGUAUUUCUAGAACCAUUUGACUGAUAUCAGCAACAUUUUGUGCUGGUGAAUGUAAAAUUAUUCCGUAAGUUCAAGUUUUGGUUGAAACUCGAUGAUACAACCUAUAGUGCUGUUCCUACAGACGGAAUUGCAGCAACUCUUUUGAUGACGUUUUAUUAGACACACGUGCAAUUGCACGUGCGCACUUCAGUCAUGAAUGGACUGCCCGUUCCGAUAAGGUGGAUUGGACGUAGAGGACUCUCGGCAUGGCCGGCGAACUCUGCGUGGGGAUACAGCAAGAAUCUUGUGUACAUCACAGACGUCGAGAUGGAGUACCAGUCGCGGCGUAUGUGGGACAGCAUGGACGUUGGGCGUCCCUUGCGAGUUGUGCAGAGAACUGUAUAACGGCUUAUGCUGGUCCUUUCGAAUCCAACAGAUACGAAGAUGGAGUGCGAGGUGAGAGCACUCCGCCGAGAGCUGGAGGAGACACGGACGGCGCUGCGUCUGCAGACGGUGCGCUGCCGGCAGUUGGUGGCCGCGUUCACCACAAAGCUGCAGGAGAAGGAGGCAGAAGUGCGUGCCGGAAGGGAGUUACGGGACCAACAGCUCGGGUGCGUGUUGAGGGCGCUCCUCGUGCUGGAAGCACGGUUGCGGCGGGAACAACGCCACAUUCGUCAGCAACUUUCUGACAGGGACGACGUCAUCCGCGUCCAGCAACUGGAGAUUGCGCGACUCUGUAAGAUGAAGAGGAAAAACAUCACUGCAGAGGGAAACCAGGAGAACACUGAAAGAGAAUCACAGGAGGUCUCAGGGCGUAGUUUAACUGGAGAGGAAUCAGGGGUGUGUCUCUUUGAGACACACACGAGGAAGAUACAGGAAAACCAAGAUGACUGUGCCACCUCAGAUGAGGAGAAGCCUUUACAGUGUGUUUCUGUUGGUGACAAUAAAUUUAAAACAUCACAGACUACAGCUUUUGUUAAAUUUAAGAAGAAUAGUCAUAACAGAUUGAAUAACCAUGGGUCUUAUAGGCCUUUAUCCAGGCGCAGGGAAAUGGCAAAUAGAGACAAAUUCAUUAGUCAGGAGUAUAAUAUGAAUCAGACAUCAAUGAAUUUUGAAGGUGAAAGACAUGAAUUCAAAGAAUCAACCCUUUCGGAGUCACAGGAACUUGAAGAUAGUAUGGAGAAUGGCUGUCAUGAAGAUGAAUUAGAUGCUAGAGACUUGUACAAAGAUUAUCAGCACAAUCCCGUCUUGGAAUGCGUCAGUCAGAUUCUUCUUCAUGACCAAGAGGAAAUGGAAACCACAAGAUAUCAACAGGAAAGUGUACGCAAACCUGACUGUAAGGGAACAGGAAUUUUCAGCUACCACUGUCAUAGCAUUAAAGAAGAACAGGAUGAGGAAAGCUGUGCAGAGGAGGGAGAGGAAGAGGCAGGAAGCCAAUUAGUUGAGAAUCAGUCAAAUUACCAUGGUGAUAAACAUGGCAGCCCUGAUAUACAGAACUGCAUUCAAAAUAACAAAGAGACUCUGAAGUUGCCUCUAAAAGAUAAAACACCAUCUCCACCAGCUAAAGCUCAACUGCUUGAAGAGAAAGCGUGCCUGUUGAUGGCUUCACAACGAUUGACACUUGUUAGGAAUUUAGAAUUUGAAGAAUUAGAUAAAAAGGACACAUCUAAUGUGCCACCUUGUCCACCACAGGAAAAAACGGAGUUUGCAGUAGGUAGAAGCCAAGUUCCCCCAGCUCUGCCUCCAAAGCCACCACAACUUGGGGCUAAAGGGUUGUGUAAGAAAACUAUGAAUAAUGCUCAACCGAAUCAGAAUCACCUUCAAAACAACACUAAUCUAAGCUCAACAAGUCAAGAUCAGAAAAUAUCCUCAAAAUAUGAACCAGACCAAUCCCAGGAUGUAAACCAAAACCAACGCGACAUUCCUGAAUGUGGAAAUUUAAUUGAGAACAGUGCAAAACCCAUUCUGAAUCGUGAUGCCCGAAUUCCAUCAACCAUUCACUACGCUGAGAAACCACGUCAGCGACAGAUCCUGAGCAAUGGAAGUCUGAAGCUUGCUUUGAAUCAAGAUUUGAGUCAUGACCAUCAACAGGAGAAGAACAACAAUUUCUGUAUCACUUCUCCAAGUUUUGAAGAAAAGCUUGACAAUUUAAAUAUAUCAGACUUUCAGAAUCAUUCAAAUACCUUGAAGCACCAAGUGAGAGGCGGAGGGUCAGUUACCACUGUAAAAAGUAAUAAACAGUUAGACGGUCAUACAUCUAAUUGCCAUGACCAUGAACGUAGGCGACACAAGGAGAGAGUGGUUCACAAACACACUUCACUGUUGAAAAAUAACAUAGAGACGUCACCUUCUAUAAGUAACAACAAUCACUGUGGCAAGAUUCGUGUUGGGUCGUCUGUCUCGUCACUGAUCACAGGUUCUUCAGGAAACAGUAUCAUCAGUGAGCUGACUAAAGGCGAACCUGAGGGAGCUUUGGUACUGCCUCGUGUUUCGCAGAUGGUUCGGCGGUUUGAAGACUUAGGUACUGGAAUGGGAAGAGAGUCACCUCAGGAAGAAGAUUAUGAGGAAGAGGAAGACGGAAACAAUGCGCUGAGGAGCAACUUUGAAGAAUUCAAAUUGGAAGAUGUGGACAUGGACAGUGUUGGGAGUGUGGAGGACGAAGGACGACCAGCAGGAGACGGUGCUGAGACCAGGGCUGCUGUGCUUCAAAAUGGCAAUAGUGGUGCCAAUUAUGAACAUUUCCUGGAAGCAACAGGUCUCAGUCAGAAAUCCAUUAUUACUCCCAGUCGCAUGUACAGUAAUCACAAAAAUGUUCGCAAACCAAAAGAUGUGAAACAUCGCAACAGAGUAUUGAAAGCAGCAGCAGUGAAUGGGAGGAGUGGUGGGCCAGUUGUCAAGUACUGGAUUGAGCCUUUCCUCUGAGUGGUAUCUGUAUUAACUGCUGAAGGGAAAACUUGCUGUGAACCUUUAAAAAAAUCUUAGAGUAUAAUCAAAUUUAGUGUUAUGGGCAUUAAUUACCUCAGAGACUGUAAUUUGAAAUAUUGCAAAUCAGCGCAGAAACUAAACACUCACAGGAGAAAGUACCUCUUUACACUCUUUUCAUUGUUUAAAAACAUACAUUUGAAGAUUAUAUCACAAAAAUGCCUUGAAGGUUAGGAAAGGCAGUGGCAACUGAACUGUGUGUUGCUGUCUCCAUUAAGUUUUCUUGAAUGCUUGACACUGCCACAAUCAAAUGCUUUAACUGAAACACCACAAUUAAAACUCCAUAUUUCUUGAGCUUAUGGAAACGACAAGGCCUGUCCAUAUUUCAAACUUUAAUAUGCACAUAAACAGUAAUUAGAAAGUAUUUAAUUUUUCUGUUACAUCAAAGCAAAUUCAAACAGUAUUCAUCACUUCAGUAUGGGACCAGAUAAUUUCUAACUUGAAUGAAAUUAAUUUCUUCUUUUCUUGUCACCAUUGGUGUAAACGACAUUGUUCUGCCAGUGGCUGUGAUAGUGGUUCCAUUUUUCUGUUAGUUGAAACAUGUAUUUACCAGCUGCUAUAAAGAGAAAUAAUAUUAUGUCAGAAUUAGAAUGUUGUACAUUUGUCACAUAUAAUCAUAUUCAUAAUUAGUAUUUUACUUCUUCCUAAGAUGUUUUGACUUUUAGUGGGUUGCCUGUAAUGUUUCAUAUAUAGUCAAAUCUUAUUUUGUGCUGUAGUGCGAAACUAGUGAAUUGGUAAUACUUUUCUUUAAAUUUCAGUAUUUAACGCCAUUGAAAGAGAGAGUGUUACUUGAUAUUGCCCAACACUGAAAAUGUAAAUGUUUUUGAAAAUCAGUCUGACUGUUUCGGAAGUUGAAAUGGAGUGAAAAUACAGUUGACACCGCAAAUAUAUUAGCCAUUUAAAGUUACAAAAAUAUUUGGAAAACUGAAUGAUGUGAGCAGAAAUGGGAUGGAGCCUUGAAUGAUAAAACUGUGAUUAUUUAAACAUAUACAAAUCAAUAUAUGGAUAAAACUGACAUUUUAAUACAUGACACUACUGAAAUUCAUAUGAACAACUAAUCUGUUUUGUUUUGAGUAUUUAUCAUUUAUCAGAAAAGUUUAAUUUACAAAUAACUAUAAUUUUAAUACAAAGACAAUUUAUCAUUUACCUGUCUUCUGACAUGCAUAUCAUCUUGUGGAAACCACUAUCUCGUAAAUCAGAACGUCAUAGUUUUCAUUCCCUUAUUAAUUAAAGUUCUGUUUUUUAUGUUAAUGAUCAGAUUACAAUUUGCAGUUGACAUUUGGUAAAACAUCUCAAAAUAUUUGUUCAGUAUUUUUUAAACUAAAACAGUUUUCAGAUAGUAGGGAAAUUCAAUUAAGUUCUGUAUGUUAUUUUGGCCUCAUGCAGAAAUGAACAGACUGUGAAAUAUUGGAAAUGAAAUAAGCUAAAACCGCCAAUAAGUAACCUCUUUGAAUCUAACACAUAAACUGUUGCCACAUACUCCACACAAAAAAGUUUCUAUUUGUUCAUGAUACUGCGUAGUACAUUUGCACCAUUUUAAUGGAAUUAUGCAUUUCAUGUUGAACAGCAUGUUUGUUGCAUUACAUAGAUGUUAUAAAUGUUUUAUUUCUGUAAAGUUGCUUUCCUGUUGUUGGUUGUGAAUAAGAUUGUUUCCUGAAACCAUGUAUGGUAUUGUAAUUGUAAGUUGUCAGGUUGGUUAAAGUGUCUUUCAGAUGUUGGUGUAAAAUAAAGUCUUGAUAAUGUU